AUGGAAGACUUUCAACUUGUUCCUUGUACCGUUUGUUCUAGAAAGUUUAGAACAGAUAUCAUUACAAAACACGAAAAUAUUUGCAGAAAGGCGUCAAAGAGAAAACUAAAAAUUUUUGAUAGCGGGAAAAUGAGGGCUGACGAAAGAUUAAUAAGGGCUGAAAAGAAGCGUGACAAUUGGCGUGCAAAGCACCUGGAUUUUAUCAAUACAAUAAGGUCAGCAAAGGCAUACCAGCAAUCUUUGUCAAAAGGUUGUCCUUUACCUCCUCCUCCUCCUCCAGCGUCUACCGCGGCUGAUUUGGAUCUGGUUCGAUGUGAAUAUUGCAAUAGAAAAUUUAAUGUUAGCGCUGCUGAUCGCCAUAUUCCCUUUUGCAAGGAAAAAUCGGAGCGAGAUAGAAUCAAAAGGUCAGCAAACAAACCGACAAAGCAGGUGAGAAAAACACAAGUUUUACAGGAUUCAAAGCUUUGGAGGGCCAUCAGAGGCAGGAAAAACAUCAUUCAUACACGUUCAAAUAUUUUAUUCUAA